ACACAUACUCAAAAAAAAACCGUAAACAUUAAGACGUUGAGUUAUAGAUUCUAUUGUAAAUAAAGUGAUUAGUUUAAAUAAAUUAUUAACGACUUUUAGUGUUAUUUAUUAAUACAAUUUCACGAUACAAUACAAAUCUUUAGAUCUAGUAAUUGUUAAAAUAAAAUUAAGUUGGUAUCACAUUGACGUAAAUUCUAACCUUCAACAUCACCGCAAGACCUGGAAAAAAGCACAACACCAAAGUGCUAAAAUUUCGUAGUGUACCGAUUUGAAUUCGAUUGAAAUGUCCCUGAUAAAUGUACGAACUUUAUUAAAAUGCAGCCAAAUCUUCACAGACAACAUCUAUAAAAGCGUGCGAUGCUCCACGAAAUUACGUUUAAUGAAUACAAAUGCGGCUACUAGCGAAACGAAAAGCGAUGAUCCCCCUUCGUCUUCAUCCGACGGGAAAAGUACAAACGACGAACUUGAAAAAUUAAAUAAAGAAAUACAAGAUUUAACCUCAAAAAAUACCGAUUUAAUUGAUAAAUAUAAACGGGCUUUGGCGGAUGGUGAAAACAUGAGAGGUCGACUUACAAAGCAAAUAUCGGAAGCUAAAGUCUUUGGAAUUCAAAGUUUUUGUAAAGAUUUAUUGGAUGUAGCCGAUGUUUUGGGUAAAGCCACUCAGAGCAUCCCUAAGGAAGAAAUUGGGGAUACUAAUCCGCAUCUAAAAAAUUUAUACGAAGGCUUGAUGAUGACCGAAGCUCAGUUACAAGCUGUUUUUAAAAGACAUGGUUUAGAGAAAGUUGAUCCGUUGAAUGAAAAGUUCAAUCCUAAUUAUCAUGAAGCUUUGUUUCAACAGGAAGUUGCUGGAAAAGCUGCAGGAACGGUUGUUGUUGUAUCAAAAAUUGGUUACAAGUUACACGAUAGAGUAAUAAGACCAGCUUUGGUUGGUGUAGCGAAAUGAUUCUACAUAGCAUUUAGUAUAAUUAUUCUAAUUUCAUUUUUUAUUACAACUCAAGAGAGAUGCGGUUAAAAUACGGUUACACAAUAUUUAGAAACCAAAAUAUAACUUAAAUUUUUUGUA